UAUGGCGGAAAAAUUACAACAAUCCGACCCUGAAGUGGAAAGAAAUUGUCAAAAAUUAAUAAAUGUUAUGAGAGUGUGUAAAAUAUCGGAAGCAGACAAAGUAAAAAGAGAUUGCUUUAGUGUAUUAGAAUUAUUUUAUAAUAAAAAAACAAUUGAUGAGAAACGAGCUAUUUGCGAAAAAUUAGUUGAAGAAGGAUGUUCUAAACCUUUGGUUGAUUGGUAUGAUUUGUUGGAAAAGAAUUUACAAGACAAAAAUGCUAAAUUGUGUUUCGAAAAGGUUAAUAGGAUAGUAAUAGAAUUUUCUUCAUCCAGUUUUGGUUUUGGAGUUGCUGUUUUUAAAGCUGGACUUGUGGAUUUUGUAUUAUCGGUUAUGGAUAGAUUUAAAGAAACCUAUAAAAAAGAUAAGUUUCAAGAAAGAUCUGUUAUGGACUCUUUAGCUAUUUUAAUGCAUCUUGCAACAAUUGUAUCUAUACGUGAUGGAUUGCAAGAAAAGUAUUGCGAAAAGAAGGACCUAUUCGAGUUUUAUAAAGAUCCAAAACAAAAUACAAAAACUACUUCCAUUCUAACAUUAUCAAUAAUCAGUAGGCUUGCUGAUGCAUCUAAUGAAGACGAAAUUAAAGCAGAUCAUUCAAUAAUGGAUUUCUUUAAAGAAUUAGUUGAGAAUGCUAUCUCCUCGAAAGAUAAAGUUGUCAAACGAAAUGACAUUGAAUUUAGUCUUGAGAAUCUUCUAUUUACAAUGGAGUUAUUAGCCUACAACGCUGAAAAUUCAAAGUAUAUGCUUAAAAAGAAAUUGGGACCGAUUAUCUUUAAAGCCCUUAAAUUCAAUAGUCAAUUAAAGCGAGAAUCUGAAACUAAAUGCUGUCUCUCUACCCUUAUGAUUUUCUUGGAACUUGUAAAUGAAUUAGACGAGGGAGAAGUAGUCUUAGGUUGUCCAGGGCUGACUGAUUUUCUUCUGGAAUUAAAGAGUCAAGGUCAAAGUUACGAUAUCGCCGAACUAAUUGAUGAAAUUUUAGGAUCAAUCAAAUCGUCGUGUGAUUACGUUUACGAAUGUAGAGAAUUCUUUAAUAGUCUAAAUAUACCUGAGGAAUAUUUGGACGAGACACAUAACGAAUGCUAUUGUAGCGUUUGCCAUAAAUCAAGAAAACAACCGGAUUUUUAUGAGAGGGGAGAGCCGCCUAAAUUUUAUUCCCUUCCUAUUGGAUGGUAUAGAUUUGGUCUUAAGGUUCCGGCAAAGACAAUUGCUCAAAGAGCUUUUGAUAAAUGGCAUAGAGCCUUUCACGGUACUCAAACAGAUAGAAUUGUUAAAAUUCUACAGCACGGUGAUUUGCUAAUGCCUGGCGAUAGAACAGCAGAGGGAGAUCAACUGAGAGAGUUGGAUGGGCACUAUAACGACAAAACAAAACCGAAAGGUUUUAAUACUAAGCAAGUAUUUGUAUCGCCAACAAUAAAAUAUGCUGGUUUAGAUUCAUACGCAAAGCCUUACAAAUGGAAAACAGAUGGGAAGAAAGCAAGAGUCGCCUUUCAGGUUCUCAUCCAACCAGAUUCUUUCAUUGUUGGAAAAGAAACGAUAGGAGUAAAGCAUCGCUUGGAUUCUAAGUAUACUAAUAAGGAACUGGAAUGGUCAACAGAUAGGAGAGGUGUUGUUAUCUUAUACGGUAUCCUCGUAAAAAUCGAAAAGAAGUGA